AUGAUGUCCGAUAAAACUAAAUUGAAAUUUUUCUUAUUGGUGAAACUUCCAAUAUUACAAGUACCAGAUAAUAGUUAUUAUCCAUUGAAUUCGAGUUUGGACGAGGAACUUCGUAGAUUAUUUGCGGAUGAUUUAACGAAUCAAAUUAACAUCGUCAAUUCUGAAAUGAAUAACGCGAAUUCAAUGGACGAAUUUCGUAAAAAUGGCGUUGAUUAUGAAUAUAUUUCUGAAUCCGAGGAGGAGAAAUUAAAUGGGCAAUCAUUAACAUCGAAUAUUCAUAUGCGUUUUCGACUUCGACAGAAAAAAUUGAAGAAAUCGGAACAAAGUGUAUGUGUCUUUUGUAAGAACAAUGGUGAACAUGAAUUUUUUUACAAAUCGCAUAUACUUAAAAACAAUCAUGGUCGCGUACAAUGCCCCAUUUUAAGACAAUACGUGUGCCCAAUUUGCGGUGCAACUGGUGACAUAGCACACACGACAAGUCACUGUCCAGUAAAAUUAGGAACGAAGAUAAUAGAAACUAAUGAAGGUAUAAUAAAUAAAACAACAAAUUCUAAUGAAAUAUUAUCGAACAAAAGUUACGAAGAAAGUUCAUCAUCCAAUUCAAUAAUCUACGAUGACAAAUCAUUAACGACAUCAAGUUACAUUACAAAACCUUCAACCUCAAGUUACAACGAAUGGGCUUCAACCUUAAAUCGUAUUACUAAACCAGUAUCCUUAAGUUUAUUUUUAAGAUCAUUUAAUUCCAAUUACGAUGAUAGAUCUUCUUUGAUUACACAUUGUCCUAAUAUCAAACAAAUUACGUGUGGUAAACAAUUGAAGAAAUAA